AUGGACGUCCUUCAAAACGCGGCUAAGACACACAACCCAGAGGGCGGAGGGAAAAUCAUUCCUAUCGGUCCUUGUGACGUGACUAAAAAAACCGACCUCGAAAAGCUCGGCAAAGACCUCUCAUCCAAGGAACCCUACCUCAACUUACUGAUUAACAACGCCGGCAUAUCGUCAGCAAAGGUGGAGCCUUCUUCAGAGUCAGCGUCUGAGCUGUAUGACCAAUUAUGGACAGAAGAGUCGUUUGAGGACUGGUCAAACGUCAUGACGACCAAUGUCUCAGCGGUAUAUUUCAGCACCAUUGCAUUCCUCCCCCUACUUCAAGCCGCCAUUGAGCCUUCAGGUCCCUUUCCCCGUCGUUCUCCGUCCGUCAUUGUGAUAUCAAGUAUGAGCGGUAUCAUGCGGCAAUCACAGGGCCAUUUUGCGUACAAUGCGGCAAAAGCCGCAACGGUCCAUCUUACAAAGCUCAUGAGCACCGAGUUUGAGAAAGCCUCUAUCAGAGUGAAUUCAAUAGCACCUGGUUACUUCCCAUCAGAGUUGACAAUGAAGGAUAAAAACGAGGACAAUAAGACACACAUGCCUGCAGAAAAGGUGCUAAACAAAGGCCAUGAAGUGCCGGCUCAGAGGCCAGGUAGUGACGAGGAGAUGGCUCAAGCAGUCAUUUUUCUAACAAAGAACAUGUAUGUGAAUGGAGAAGUCUUAGCUGUUGAUGGGGGGUCCUUACACAGGUGCCGCAAGGUUGAAUGA